GCUAUCGCGAGGCUCUGAUGAGACUUCAUCGUAUAAGCUCAUGGGAACGAGAGUAGGCAACCCUUUUCGUCAAGAUGGCGCCGAAAGCGAAGAAGGAAGCUCCUGCCCCUCCCAAAGCGGAAGCUAAAGCGAAGGCCUUGAAAGCCAAGAAGGCAGUGCUGAAAGGCGUCCACAGCCACAAAAAGAAGAAGAUUCGCACAUCGCCCACCUUUCGGCGGCCCAAGACCCUGCGGCUACGAAGGCAGCCUAAAUACCCCCGGAAGAGCGCGCCCAGGAGGAACAAGCUUGACCACUAUGCCAUCAUCAAAUUCCCCCUGACCACCGAGUCAGCCAUGAAGAAGAUAGAAGACAACAACACACUUGUGUUCAUUGUGGACGUCAAGGCCAACAAGCACCAGAUCAAACAGGCUGUGAAGAAACUCUACGACAUCGAUGUGGCCAAAGUCAACACCCUCAUAAGGUGAGUGGGGCCAGUCAGG